AUGGGCCCUGAUCCAUUGUGGGGUUCAAUUGUCACGAAGACUAGUAAGCUCGUUUUGGACCAUCACAUGAAACUGCAGCAUGUACUUAAUGGUUUUGCUGUUUCCUCUGACCAAGUUUUCAAUGUUCAAAAAAGUGUUUCUGUCAAAUGCUUGUUGAUAAAUAGUGUAGGCCAUGCCCAACAAACCAACAGGGGGCAACAGAGAAUUACCCAAAUUCACUGUGCUUUUGUUGUUUGUGCCUCCAAUUUUUUUAUGCAUUCAAUUGAAGCCACAACAGAAAAUGGGAAUUCAUGUCGCUGCAACUUCACGUCAUUCCAAAACAUGUCUGCACCUCUAUGUUUGCAUAUGUUGCACUCCGCACAAAAUGAUUACUGUAGGAAAUAA